CCGAUUUAGUGUCUUAGAUAGUGUUAGACAUUCGUAUUAAAUAUAUUACGGGUUUUGUUUUAUGUUGUAGUUUGCUUUUAAACGUCGAACCACGUCAAGUCUGUUAGAGAUGGAGAGCGAGACAGGUACACAGACCAGCUCUCCUUCAGUCAGUCCGGCACCUCUAGAACUGACCAGUGCUCUUGACCAUGCUUCGCACUGUGGCACGGUCAUACCAAACCGCAUCUUUGUAGGAGGUCUUGAUCUCAAAACUAAUGAGAGUGAUCUCAGGAGGUUUUUCUCCGGGUAUGGAACAGUUAAGGAAGUGAAGAUUGUUACUGAUCAUGCUGGAUUGUCAAAGGGGUAUGGUUUUGUGACCUUUGAGACUGCAGAAGAUGCACAGAAAAUUCUGCAUGAUGCUAGUGCUGGUAAAUUGUGUUUUCGAGAUAAGAGGUUGAACAUCGGACAGGCCAUUCGUAAGCAAGUAGCCAUGCGCUCAGGUGGUUACAAUGUGGCAAGUCCCAACCCACCUGUGGCUCUCCCAGCACCGUUUGGCACCGUGCACCUAACCACACCCACUGGAUAUCCCUAUACCUACCACAAUGGAGUGGCCUAUUUCCACAACCAAGAGCCAAAUAUACACCCAUCUCUCUGGCCUGCUUCACACACAGCACCCGGAUCUCCAGUCAUGGUGGCUCACUCUACUCCUCCUUUUUACACUCCGCAAGCCUGCCCCCAACACCAGAGCUCUUCCCAGUAUGUGAAUGGACACGUGCCUUGGGCUUUUCCUCAGGUAGAGUCCUCCAUCCCUGUGAACCUAAAUCCUUUGUUAUAUGUCCAACCUGCUGAGUUGAUGUAUCACCCAGUGGAGCCUAUCGAGAACGGGUGUGUUCGGUCAGCUGUGCCUCUGAUGGAAGCUGGUGUUCCUGAGGCAUAUAUGGAUCACCUGGUGCAGCCACCGUAUCAGGUUUGUUUGCAGAGACCGCUGAUUCUCCCUCACGGUGAUGGAAUGAAGGAGCAAAAGUUCCAGCCUGUGAGACGAGGCUUCUCUCACUCUGCCGUCCACCCGAGACCCAGGUACUGCCGUGGCCCCCGUUACACACACCUGCGCAAAGAAUACCGGCCUGAUCUUCGCACCUCGCCUCCUCCUGCAUCCUCGCCCACACAGGAUGCGCUGAAAUAGAAGGGCUUGGUCUGUUUCCUCAUCUCACUACUCAAUACACACCUGUCAGUGCGUCUAACUGA